UUUGUCAACUAUGGGACACAGAAUCCAUAAUUGCAUUAUUCAGCUUCUCCCCCCCCCCCCCUUCUGCUUUGUAGAAACACAACCUAUUUCACCAGUCACAUUUGCACCUUGUUUGCUUGGUUAUAUAUUAUUUACUAAAUCGUUGCCCUGCGGAUAAACCGUGUAAAGUUGCUUUAAAAAAGUUAUUUGUUUGAUAAUUAAGUCCUGAAAACCCAUCGUUUAAUGAUUAUUCCGAACCCAUAAGGCAGAGAACCUCCAUGACGUUUUUCUCUAAGUUUAAUUACCGUAUGCUAAUUUCCUUGCCUACUACGUGAUUAAUUAAAAUCAUAUUUUCAUAAUCAUUUGGCACUAGUAUUGUUUUAGAAUUAUCAUGAUCCCCUAAAUAGUGUAUGUAAAUAAAGUCGGCUCUAAUGGAAAGAAUCAAAAUGCAACGCUGAGGACCUUUAUGUGUUUGUAUGCAUGCGAUUGGCAACAUAACUGGCUUAUUUACAUUAAAUACGCCACAAGGUUACAGUGCAGAUCAACGUCACUUUAUCGCUGAUUACUUCUCUUAAACGCCGGAGCGGUGACUGAUGCUCCGGUCCCCCUGUCCGCCAAGGUUUCCCCGGGAGUUUUUUUUUUUUUAGGAGAAACAGACUUUGCAUAGUUUCGGGAGCAGGUAAGAAGGGCGCUUUGUGGAGCCCGGCGCUGCCCCCGGGGGCUCGGCGGGCGCGGGCAGGGGCGCGGGGCGCGGGCGCGGGGGCUGCGCGGGCGCGGGGGCUGCGCGGGGCGCGGGCAGCGGCGCUGGCCGGGGGGCUGCGGAGCGGCGCGGGCUCCUCGGGGUGUUUACACGCGCUCAAGGUCACGACCAAGCUGCGCCGUGUUAAAUGGUUUCUUAGUUGCUAGACAGGGAGAAAAAAUGGACGAUCACAGACCAUUCUUUGUAGAUUAUUAUAUCAAGGGUUCAGCUUUUGGCUCAUCAAAGCUAAAUGCCGCAAGACCUAUCUAGUUGCUGUGAAUUAUGCCAAGACGACAAUGGAGUGCUUUUUUAAUGGUACAAUGCAUUUCACCUACCAGAUAGGGGGAGUCCACGCUGAGAGAUGGGGAUGUCUUGUGAUGUUGGGUGAUCAGUAUCAAUGAAGGGGGUUAUUCUGAAAAGAGACAGAUUAAAAUAAAGCGCUCUUUGCUCGGGAUGUGCUGGAAGCAGUUGGGAGGGCUACCCGGAGCGGGCGGCCGCGGCAGCCCCGCGCCGCACUUUUCCCCCUCCGCACAAGAAAAUGAUCAAGUCAAUCAUGUGGACAUGCUUCAUUAUUCAUUGAACACAAUCUUUUACAACGCUCCGUUUACGUGCGGGAGUUUCUUCUACGCUUUGCUUUAAAUUUUAAGGUUUUAUUUUUCCAGUUGUGACCUUCAGUACCUAUCCUGUGUCUUUUAAGAAUUUCCUCAUCCAGGGAACAGAUUCAUUGGCUUAAGAAUAACUGCAAAGGAUCUACAAGAGCAUUGGUCACCUAAAGAACUAAAUCUCACCUCACCCCAGCCAGAUGGAGAAACCAAGGCAAAGAGGUUAAAGGAUCUCUCCUGAGCUCCAGAGUGUGUUGAUGUCUGUCCCUUCUCCCUAGACAUGUGCACAGACUACUAGACUUCUCUGCUCUGGCUGCAGGGAAGUGGGACGCCCCUUUGGCAAUCUGUCAGUGCCAACCUGAGCCGCAGCCUUUCGCUGGGUAUUUUCUAAGCUGGCUGACAGUCCUUAAAACAAGUAUGCAGUUAAGCUGCUAAGAGAUGGAGGAAGCUAGUUUGUGCCUUGGUGUUUCUUCAGCUGUGCCAGAAGCUGACGCCCAUCUCAACAGCACCAUACUCAAUGGACAAUAUUCAAUGAGUCAGAAGCUGCACCAGAUCACUUCCCAGCUCAGCCAUGCCUUCCCAGAGCUCCAGAACAGGCAGAAUCCCGAGGAGAAGGCGUCAGUGCCACUAGAAGACAAAAGUCACAUGUCCAUAGCAAACCAGCCCAUCAGCAGCCAGAUGGCCCUGCUGGCAAACCAGCUCAACAGAGAGGUUGACACCAGCUUGAACGGGCGUGUGGAUCUGCAGCAGUUCCUAAAUGGACAGAACCUUGGGAUUAUGUCUCAGAUGAGCGACAUCGAGGAUGACGCCAGGAAAAACAGAAAGUACCCCUGUCCCCUCUGCGGGAAACGCUUUCGGUUUAACAGCAUCCUGUCCCUACACAUGCGAACUCACACUGGAGAGAAACCGUUCAAGUGUCCCUACUGUGACCACAGAGCAGCUCAGAAAGGCAACCUGAAGAUACACCUGCGUACUCACAAGCUUGGAAACCUUGGCAAAGGUCGUGGAAGGGUCCGAGAAGAAAACAGACUUUUACAUGAGCUGGAGGAGAGAGCAAUUCUUCGGGACAAGCAGAUGAAGAGCAGCCUCCUGCAGCCACGACCCGAUGUGAAAGCACAGCAGCACACCCAGCCGAUGCCGCUCGCAAACUGUAACUUGUCUGUGCCACCUAAUCACAACACACCUGAUAUUUCAAACCCUGUUCCCUCUCCAAAGCCAGUCAGUGUCCAGGAAGAAGUUGUGGCUCAGACAGCCGGGUUCAGAUGCACGUUUUGCAAAGGCAAGUUUAAGAAGCGAGAGGAGCUGGACAGGCACAUAAGGAUCCUACACAAGCCUUACAAGUGCACUCUGUGUGACUUUGCUGCCUCUCAGGAGGAGGAGCUGAUCAGCCACGUGGAGAAGGCUCACAUAACUGCAGAGUCAGCACAGGGCCAGGGCUCCAAUGGGAACGGGGAGCAAUCCACCAAUGAGUUUCGUUGCGAGGUGUGUGGCCAAGUGUUUAGCCAAGCCUGGUUCCUAAAAGGCCACAUGAGAAAGCACAAGGAUUCCUUUGAACACUGCUGUCAGAUCUGCGGCAGGCGAUUCAAAGAGCCUUGGUUUCUUAAAAACCACAUGAAAGUUCACCUGAAUAAGUUAUCUGUAAAGAACAAAUCUCCUAAUGAUCCUGAAGUACCUGUCUCCAUCAGCAGCAUGUCCCAGGAAGCUCAUGCAAACUUGUACUCAAGAUAUCUGUCAUGUUUGCAGAGUGGUUUUCUUCCCCCUGACAAGGCGAGGUUGAGUGAACAAAAUCAAAUCUACAGCAAAGGAGAUAUGCCCAUGAAAGAGAAAGAAGUCUUGGGGAAGCUCCUUUCGCCCAUUUCCGGCAUUGGCCACAGUAUUGCCGAAGGGGAUAAACAUUCUUUAUUGGGCUGUCUCAAUCUGGUGCCUCCUCUGAAAUCCAGCUGUAUAGAAAGGUUACAAGCUGCCGCCAAAGCAGCAGAGAUGGAUCCAGUAAACAGCUAUCAGGCCUGGCAGCUCAUGGCAAGGGGAAUGGCCAUGGAACAUGGCUUUUUGUCUAAAGAGCAGCAGAUACAGCGCAGCCACGAAGACACUUUGGCAAAUGCUGGAGUUAUGUUUGAUAAGGAGAAGCGGGAGUAUGUGUUAGUAGGAGCAGAUGGCUCUAAGCAGAAAAUGCCUGCUGAUUUGGUUCACAGCACUAAAAUGGGCAAUCAGAGAGACUUGCCAAGCAAACUAGACCCUUUAGAAGGCAGUAGAGAUUUUUUGUCACAUGGUAUGAACCAGGGACUCGAUUACAACUUACAAAGUCAUGGAAACAUAAAAGAAAAGCCAACUGAAUGCCCGGACUGCGGAAGGGUUUUUAGAACAUACCACCAAGUGGUCGUUCACUCCAGGGUCCACAAAAGAGACAGGAAAGGAGAAGAUGAAAUAAUUCAAGGUAGUCUCGAUGAGCGGCGUGGGUCUGGAAGUGAUCAAGAAUCUCAAUCUGUCAGCAGGUCAACAACACCAGGGUCUUCUAAUAUUACUGAAGAAAGCGGAGUAGGUGGGGGUCUCUCGCAGACAGGGAGUGCUCAGGAGGACAGCCCUCAUCCUUCCUCACCCUCCUCUUCAGACCUUGGAGAAGAAGCUGGGAGAUCUGUAGGAGUCCAGCAGCCAGCUUUACUGAGAGACAGGAGCCUUGGUUCUGCCAUGAAAGACUGCCCAUAUUGUGGAAAAACUUUCAGAACGUCCCACCACUUAAAGGUCCACUUGAGAAUACACACAGGUGAGAAGCCUUACAAGUGUCCACAUUGUGACUAUGCUGGUACUCAGUCUGCAUCCCUCAAAUACCACCUGGAACGACACCAUCGGGAGCGACAGAACGGAGCAGGACCGCUCUCUGGGCAGAGUGCAGGUCAGGAACACAAGGAUGAGGCACCAAGUAAAAGUUCUGUGUUUAUUAGACCAGACAUACUGAGAGGAGCCUUCAAGGGACUUCCUGGUAUCGACUUCCGAAGUGGCAUGGUCUCACAGCAGUGGACGUCAGGAAUGCUGUCUUCUGGAGAUCAGCAAGGACAAGCAGUUGGCAUGUCAUCUGAAGGAUCUUCGGAAAAUAUGAAGGGUUCAGACAUACCUUCCAAAGGAACACACUUCUCUGAACUCGGCCGUGCUUACCAGAACAUGGUCGGGAACGGUGUGAACUUUCAAGGGUCUUUGCAAGCUUUCAUGGACAGCUUUGUCCUAAGUUCUUUGAAGAAAGAAAAAGAAAUGAAGGAUAAAGCUCUCUCAGAUCCACUUUCAGCGAAAGCUCUGGGCUCAGACGGUGGUGAGGAGAAGAUAAGUAGCAAGUCCUCACAGCGGAAAACAGAAAAGUCGCAAUACGAACCUCUGGACUUGUCGGUAAGGCCCGAUGCAGCCUCCCUGCCGGGUUCCUCUGUCACUGUACAAGACAACAUUGCUUGGCAUGGCUGCUUAUUUUGUUCCUUUACAACUUCAUCCAUGGAGCUAAUGGCUCUGCACCUCCAAGCCAACCACUUGGGCAAGGCUAAACGUAAAGACAUCAUAGGCAACAGCAAAGAGCAGUCUAGAGAAGUUUCAGCCUCGGUGAACAAAGUGAGCUUGCUCCCCUCCUCUGUGCAGCCCGGCAAGGAGGCAGGAGUUUCAAACAUGCUGAGCCAGCUGGACACAGCUUCUGAGAAAAUGACCCAAGGACAAAAUAAAGAGACUCUGGGAGAGCAAAAGAGCGCAGCCUGGCCCAGCCACAUGGAAUCCAGUUUUUGUAAUUUUACAACAGACUUCUAUAAGCAGUUCGGUGUUUAUCCUGGUGUUAUUGGCACGGGAACACAAAAUUCUUGCACCAGUAAUGAAUCCGAAGUAAAAACACAAUCUGAAGAUGACCCAAAUAUUCUGCUCUCUGACUCUGUAAAUAAAAGUGCUAUUGAUGACCUUUCUGACAUAGCUUCAUCUGAGGAUAUGGAAUCUUCCAAGGAAGAAAACAUUGAAGAUGAGGACAUUGACACAGAACCAGAUAUUAUGAAUAAGCAGAUGUCUGCCCUAAAUAAAGAAAGCAGCGAAGGAAGCGACAAUAUACAAAGUGCAGUCACCUCACAACCCACACAAGGGCUUGUAUCACCACUGCCACAAGCUUCAGAAAAGCAGUGGCACAGUCAGAAUCUUCUCUCCUCACACGAAACUGCACAAGAAGUGAUGAAACCCGAACAAGUUCAGGGUCCGCAGGUCCUGGAGAAGCAGAUGAACAUGUUGUCAGUCCUAAGAGCUUACAGCUCUGAUGGCUUAGCAGCCUUUAAUGGACUUGCAAGUAGCACAGCAACUAGUGGAUGUAUCAAGAGACCUGACUUGUGUGGUCACCGGCCUUUCCAGUGCAGAUACUGCCCCUACAGUGCCUCUCAGAAGGGAAACCUGAAGACCCACGUGCUCUGUGUCCAUCGCAUGCCUUUCGACAACAGCCAGUACCCCGACCGCAGGUUCAAGCGCUCCAGAGUCGACUCCGAAGCCGCCGGGAAUUUGGAGGAGCCGGCGGCUGCCAGGGCAGGGAGCUUGGCAGAGCUGGCCGAGGAGGGCACCAAGGCCCAGGAGUGAUGCCCAGCAGGUCCAGCCCUGCUCUGCUAUAGCCUUUUACUCCGGCUUUGGACACGUGGUUGGUGAGGGCUGGCUUAAUAAACCCCUUCCGAGGAAAGGGAUGGCAUGCCAGUUCCCAGAAGGGUCCAGAAUGCUGAAAACAUUCAGAUAUAUGUAUAUAUACAUGUACCAAAACAUGUACAUAUAUAUAUAUAUAUAUAUUUACAGACACAGAGAUAUCCAGUCAUACUCACAUUGAAUAUAUAUCUACAUACACACACAUAUACAAAAUACACACAUUCCAUAUGUGUGUGUGUGUGUGUAAAUAUAUAUAUUACACAUGCAAAAUAAAUUUCCAGCCCUUGAAAAUGGCUGCUAAACAGUUACCUGGCAACUAGUACUUCCAAACAAUGUAGGUGGGAUAAUAAAGUGAUUUAAAAAUAUUAGGAGGUCGUUAGUUAUUAAAAAAGCAGGGCAAUUUCAAACUUAAAAGUGGUCUUUGUCCAAAAAUAAUGCUCUUAACAGAAAAAUGAUACCCUCUAAACGAUUUAGUGUUGCCUUGAAGAUUGAGGGGCUGUGUUUUCAUUGUUGAAAACACCUUUAUAAUAUGACACCAGCUGCUGUCAUUUGCCUAGCAUAGUAAUGAGAUGUCUUGGUAGACUGCCAUGGUGCCAGUCUGACUGGAGCUGUCAUUGCAGAGAAAAUCAAUUCAAGUGGUGUUGCAACUGCAGUGUAGGAGAAACCUUAGACGGCCCAUAAGCUGGGGUCAGUACUGACCUAUUUUGAAAAGUAUUGUGAUAUUACAUUUUCUUUUUUUUUUUUUUUUUU